GUGAUGUCAACCGUUGAUUUGAAUUGAUAAUUGAUCUGUGACGUCUUCAAGCUUUCUACGAAACUAUUGUAUAUCCGAAACUGAUAAAACGCAAGCCCUUACUUGCUUAUUACUAGUUUCGGAUAUACAUAUAACAAAAGAUAUAACAAAAAUGUCAAAACAAAAGCAUUCUCAAACUCUUCCAGGAGCCCUUUUCGAUUUUUUUAUGUUGGGAAUGGUGCGAAAAAACCCGCGCCUUUUUUAACAUAGAAAAGCGAAAGGGAACAAGGUUAAAGCAUUCUCAUAUCUUUUAAACCAUUUAAAUUUUUGAGUUUCAUCUGUGAAUACGUAAGAGAAUUAGUUUUAGCCGGAACGAAAAAGAAAGAAAAGAAAGAAAAGAAAGAAAGGCAUUCGUAAACCUGAAGAAAAGAAAAAAAUCCAUGGGGACGAAUGGUUAUUAUUAUUAACUAUGUUGGAUCUUAAAAUAAGAAAAAGUAAUAACAAAAAAAUUAAAAUUGACCUGUAACUAUUUAUUCAAUACCCACUCCAUCCGCGUGUCAGAAAAAAAAAAAGAGCCCCGGGGACGAGGUUGAGCCCAAAUCAUUAUAAUAUCGGAAAUUAGCAAUCUCUAAUCUUGCAUCUUCUGCGAUGAAGUGUGAUUAUUGAAUCUCUGAGGUGAAGUGUGAUUUAAUCAAACAAAAACAACAACUUGGUAAGAAUUAAAAGCUCUAUAAAAAUUAUAAAAGAUUGUUUAUGUCAAGGAAGUUGAGAUGAGUUCAACAUUGGUUAUAACAGAUCAAGAAGAAAAUGGGUUACGCUUACAGCUUCUGCUGGAGAAGUGUGAUGAAACCUUGAAGAACUUUUUUCAUCGUUCGUAUUCUAGAGAUCCAAGUAAACUCUACAAUGAACUUUUAAAUGUAAAAUCCAAAUUGAAAUAUUUAAAACAGAGAGGAUUAUUAUCUCAGACACAAUGGGAAUUAUUACUUCCAAAGAAUCAAAAGACCGAUUCAAGUGUAUUUGAUGUGACAUUGAAAAGUUUGUUAAUCAGAGAAAUCUGCAAUGUAAAAGCGCCCCACACCGGUUGGUCAAAGGACCCCUGUGCUGGUGACAGGUCGGAUGGAGCGAAUGUUGUUCGAAUAAGACACGCUAGAAACUUCUUGCAGCAUCAUUCAAUAAUUUUAAACCACAAUGAAUAUCAAAAAAUCUGGACUAAGCUUUCUACAUCUAUGAUCGGUUUAGGAUGUGAUCCUCAGGAAAUAAUUAACAUUAGCCAAAAGGUAUUGGACGUUGGAACAAUUCAAAAGUUACAACAAGUUGAAAAUGACUUGGCACAGUCACAGUCUGUCAUCACACACCUUCAGAACUGUCUGGAAAGUAUCUGGUGGAAUGUAUCGCCAAGUGUUCAUAACUUUACUGGCAGAGAGGAAGAAGUUAUAGCCUUACAUGACACUAUCACGAAGCUAGGAAAUUUGAGCUAUGGAGUUGUGAUAACCGGCAUGGGAGGUGUUGGCAAGACUGAAAUGGCGAAACAUUACUGCUACAGUUAUGGGGAAAAUUAUUUUGAAAGUAAUGUUGUAUGGAUUGAUGCUGAUGGUACCAAUGCCUUAGAAAGUUCUUUCUAUAAGAUAGCUGAAUAUCUAGGAAUACCUGUAAAAGAUUUGUAUGGAAAUGCCUCGAACAUAAAGACAAUUGCAGCCAAAGUUUAUCGUUUCUUCGCCAAUAGGAAGGGUUUGUUUAUUUUUGAUAAUGUGCACGAUUUAAACGAAAUGGAAGAUUUCUUACCGACCUCACUUCCUUCUCAUAUGAAGAAACCAACUAUUUUGAUCACAUCCCAAUUUACAAAUUGGGGAAACAAUUUUAUCACUCAGAAUCUUGGUACAUUCUCCAAACGUGCAGCCGAAAGGUUUAUUGCAGAUAACCUGACAAUGGAAUGCUAUCAGAAUGAACUUGUUAUAGAAGAACUGGCUUCAUUGGUGGAGUUUUUACCACUUGCACUGCAGCAAGCUGUAUCAUACAUACAACGCAAUCAAAUUACCAUAGGUCAAUACAUUCAUCUUUUCAACAAAAAUUCGAAAGCAGUCUUUACCGCUUCAGUCACAGGCAUGCUGUACAAGCACACAGUAUUUACAACUUGGAAUCUAGCUUUGGAAAAGCUACGUAAUAUGAAGGCGAAGCUGCCGUUACAUUUAAUAAGAAUGAUGUCUUUUCUACAUGGCAAGUUCAUCCAAAAAGAUAUUCUAAUAACUGACGUAAUAAAGGAAACCGAAAUAAACGAAGCAUUGUUAGUUUUGCUGUCAUAUUCUUUGGUUUCUGUUUCGAGAGAAAACAACAAAGUAAAUAUAACUAUGCAUUCGUUGAUGCAGAUCGUCGUGAGAGAAACAUCUCCACCUAAUUAUGCUGAUUUAACAUUAGAUCUUUUGCAAAAAAGAAUAAAAAUGUCCACACUGGAUCAGUUUCAUUUUGGAGAUGGUUGGAUAGAGCAUAUUAUGAAUGUUUUUCAAGUUGCAAAUUUCGAUAAAAGGUUAAUGCAACGAUUCUUUGAACUGCGUAUUUGCAUUAAGCAGGCACUUUUAAAUAAAGGUAAAUUCAUGCAAUGCGCAUAUUUUUCGAGAUUUGUUUCAGAACAAAUCAAACUGAAUGUUACUCCUGAGAUUUCGCAUAUUUAUAAUGACAUUAAAUCGGAUGUUGCAAAAUCAUUGCAAUAUGCUGGCCGUUUCGAAGAAGCUAACGCAAUAUUUAUGGAUAUUAUUAACGAAGAGGAAUCUUUAAGGCGACAUCACCGAGUUAUCAUGAAGAGAUAUUCUUUAGCAAUAUGCUAUCUUUUUCAAGGGAAUUAUACGGAUAGUUACUCCACAUUAAAAAGCGUAAAAGAAGCGAUAAUCCAUACAUGGGGUGAGUUAAGUCCAUCGCUUAACGGUGUUGAACACGCGUUAGGGUUAUGUUUAAUGAAUACAGGCAAAUUUCACAAAGCGUUGAAAAUAUUUAAGGACGUUGAGGAAUAUGGCGAACAGAACUACAAGAAGAUAACAAAAAUGAAUGAACAAUAUGAUAUAAUGAGACAAGAAGGCAUGCUACCUGAAGUACUCACUGUGCGAAGCUGCAUAGCUACGUGUUUAAGUUCCCUUGGUAAGAACAAAAAAGCUUUAAAAUUGUUUCAAGAAGUUGAAGAUAAACGCAGGAGAGAACUUGGUGAUUUACAUCCAUUGACUUUGCAAGAGAAAUGCAACACAGCAACAUGUUUAGCUCAAAAAUUUUCUUUGGAGAGAGGUAUGGAGUUGUUGGACGAGGUUGAGACGCAGCAAAUAGAAAUGCUUGAAGACAAUCUUCACCCACAUGUUCUAAACACAAAGUUUAAUAUUGCGACGUCGUACAUGAAAAGAAAACGUUAUGAACAAGCACUGGAUGUUUUCGAGCCACUGUUGUAUAAUCAGUGUCAGGUUUUGGGACAGGAUCAUCCAAAAUCUCGAAUCACGAAGCAAUAUAUAGUACAAUGCAAAGAUAGGCUAAGCAAACGGGGUUGUAGAAGAUACUUAAGAAGAUAAUUUUUCGGUUUUUUGCAGAAAUAAAAUAUUUUUUUAUCGUAAUAAUAUGAGCGGCGUGUCUCUGUAUUAAUAAGGCCCGCAUUCUGUCUGUUCAAAAUGGCUUUGCCGCAGCUUCAAUUCGUGUCCCCUGCAGAGUAAAUAAGCUGAUAUGAUGGACGAACCCGUGGAUAGCUACAUUAACGCAAUUAUUCACGGCUCGUCCUCAAAGACCUCAUGAAUAUACGUUUAAAAGCAUGUCCUUCAUCAACUGUUUGCGCAUUAUGUUUCGCGCAUAUAAAAUUUGGUUGCUAAAAAACACUGCUACAGUUUGUUGCAGGUUUGUUCUUUUUAAAAUAAGUUACCAGGGUGUAAUUAUUGUUCUUUACGUCUUUUUUAUCAUUUUGCACUCCACCAAGGAGGCAAAGAUUAGCACAUCAAGACUUGAAGCUUUAAGAAAAAAGGGCGAAUGUCAGAUCAGACAGUGAUGAUAUUAAAACUUAGCUUAGUAUCAAAUAAUGAAAUUAAAAAGAAGUUUAGAAAAUUUAAGUAGAGGAAACCAUGGAUACCUUACUAACACUAAUUUGCGCGCGUAUCAAUUUUCGCGUCGCAAGAACACGACAACUAUUUCGCGCGUAUUAACUUGCCAUUAAUAGCAAUCGUCGCUAAUUUCAUAUAUUUGUCAGAAAUUUAGCGGGUUUUUUAAUUCCGCAAAAUAUGUUUUUUUGCAAACCACAAGAAUAUAUUAUAUUCCGCAAAGGUUUGGGCAGUUUAAGCAUUAAAUUCCGCGAUAUUACUGUCUUUUUAUCUGGUUAUCUCAUUUUACUUGCAAUCUCAGACAACAUAUUGAAAAUGAGAGUAAAAUUUCAUUCAAUUAGUCUAUAAUAGACAUGCGCUAUGCAAAAUUGUUAUGGUUUAUUUGUUCAUGAUCACCAAUACGCUUUCGGUCGUCAGUUGAUUUGGUCAAUUUUUUCCGUUUUUCUCGAUUUUUCCGACUUUAACGGGUCGUCACGGUAAUUCGCACACAACAAAAACUGUGAGCAGCGUAAUUAGUACACGACACAUGACCCCCCCUUCCUAGUCAAAAAAAUUUCGGUAGUAUGCCGAU